ACAACUGGAUAACCGGAGGCGAAGGACCAUGGGGUAGCUGGCAAGAAGUUCAGUUCUGUCCUCAAGGAACGUUUGUCGUUGGUUUCAAAUUACGAUCAGAAGAACACGAAAACGGUCGUGACAAUCUCGCGGCGGACAACUUUGCCGCUCGUUGUGGCACAGAAGAACGACCUGAUAAUGAGACGUACCAGUAUGUAGCAGGACUGUCAUUUCAAAGAGGAACAUGGACUGGGUGGAAUUUGUGUCCAAGAGGCUAUGGUGUCUGUGGAAUACAAACUCAAAUACAAGAACGGCAAGGAAGCAAAGAUGAUACAUCACUUAAUAAUGUAAAUCUAGAGUGUUGUCUAAUUUCGAAGAGUUGUAUCGAGUGCACACGAUUUUACAUUCAUUCUCCACAUGUCAACACCCUUGGUGAAUGGCAUCCGUGGGCGAGGUGUGGUGAUGGAAAGUAUGCACACGGUAUACAGAUCAAGUACGAACAGGACCAAGAAGGCGCCGAUAACACUGCUCUUAACGCCGUCGUCUUGUAUUGUCAGUCGUUUGGUCAUGAAGGAAUCAACAAAGCGAAUCGGGUGAUGAGUGGAGAAGGAGCAUUUGGCAGUUGGCAAUCUAUCAGAGCGUGUCCAAUCGGGACAGUUAUAAUUGGAUUUGCACUCCGUUCUGAGCCAUAUCAGGGACAUAGAAAAGAUAGUCUUGGUGCUGUUAACUUCAUGGCACACUGCGGUACUCUGAAUGGACCAAGGAAUGUUACGGACUCUAUUCAAGGAGACUCAUCUAGCAAAGGUAGUUGGAGUUCUGAUCAGUUCUGUCCAGAAAACUACGUGGUCUGUGGAAUCCAAAGUCAAAUACAGUGGCCUAACAAUAGUAUUAAUGGGGAGAACACAGCACUGAACAACAUAAACUUGGAAUGCUGCCAAGUUCCCGGUACAUGUGUGCCUGGAUAUUCUAUGAUUAAACUGGCAGAAUACGACAACUCGAAGGGGGAAGGUACAGUUUCUGCAUCAUUCGAACGGAAGACCUCGUAUGCUCGGAAAUCUGGGAAAACGGUGGUUCUAACCGAAGAGGAAAGGAAUACUAUUUAUCAACAAAUUUCUGCAAGUGUUUCCGGUAAAAUCCAUUUUUCGAUGUCAGGAGACUUUAAUUAUCAAAGAGCCACAACAGAUGAGAUAUUCACUUCAACAGAGGUUCAAAAGAUGCUGGAAGAUGCAAUAACCAACGAAAGAACCGAAACCAUGUCAUUUACGGUACCCGCGAAAUCACGUCUGCUUAUCGAACAACUAUUUAUCACCUGCGGAGAGCAUCGUAUUGGAUUGGCAAAGACCGUCUCAAGAACUGUAUGA